CGGCCGCGGAGGGGACCCCCGAUUCCGGCGGCUUGGUGCGAGGCGGGAGCUAGCGAAGGGAAUGGCGGGCGCGCCGAGGAAGAAGCUUGUGGGGCGGUACGAGGUGGGGCGGACCAUCGGGCAGGGGGCGUUCGCCAAGGUCAAGUUCGCGGUCGACACCGACACGGGCGCCCCCGUCGCCAUGAAGGUGCUCGACAAGGCCACCGUCCUCGACCACCACAGGCUGCAGCAGAUCAGAAAGGAAAUAUCAAUAAUGAAGAUUGUCAGGCACCCCAACAUAGUUAGGCUAAAUGAGGUUUUAGCUGGACAGACAAAGAUAUACAUAAUCUUGGAGCUUAUGACUGGAGGCGAACUAUUCGAUAAAAUAGCCCGCCAAGGUAAACUUCGUGAAAAUGAAGCUCGGAAGUACUUCCAGCAGCUUAUUGAUGCCAUUGAUUAUUGCCAUAGCAAAGGCGUCUAUCAUAGAGAUCUGAAGCCUGAAAACCUGCUUCUUGAUUCGCGUGGGAACUUAAAAGUUUCCGAUUUCGGACUCAGCACACUGUCACAAAACGGAGUAGGCCUUCUUCACACAACGUGUGGCACUCCAAAUUACAUUGCUCCUGAGGUACUUAGCAACGAUGGUUAUGAUGGAUCUGCAGCAGACAUUUGGUCAUGUGGUGUUAUUCUGUAUGUGUUAAUGGCUGGGUGCCUUCCCUUUGAAGAAAGUGAUCUUGCAACCUUGUAUGACAAGAUAACUGCAGCUCACUUUUCAUGCCCAGAUUGGUUCUCUCCAGGAGCCAAGUCCUUGAUCCAGCGAAUACUUGAUCCAAAUCCAAAUACUCGUAUGACUAUUGAAGAAAUAAGGGCAGACACAUGGUUUAAGAAGAAUUAUGUAGCCCUUAGACGUGGUGAAGAUGAAAACGUCAGUUUGGAUGAUGUACAAGCUGUUUUUGAUAAUAUUGAGGACAAGUAUGUAUCUGAGCAAGUGACUCAUAAGGAUGGUGGUCCUCUUAUAAUGAAUGCCUUUGAGAUGAUUACACUAUCUCAAGGUUUAGAUCUUUCAUCAUUAUUUGAUAGACAACAGGAUUUUGUCAAACGUCAAACACGCUUUGUCUCAAGGAAACCACCAAAGACUAUAGUAGCUACAAUUGAAGUUGUAGCUGAUUCCAUGGGUCUCAAGGUGCAUUCCCAGAAUUACAAGUUACGGCUUGAAGGCAUAUCGGCAAACAAAAUGAGCCCAUUUGCUGUUGUUUUAGAGAUUUUUGAAGUUGCUCCUUCUCUGUUUAUGGUGGAUGUUCGAAAAGUCGCUGGUGACACUCUGGAAUACCAUAGGUUCUACAAGAAUUUAUGCGGCAAACUUGAGAGUAUAAUCUGGAGGCCGAUAGAGGUUUCUGCAAAAUCUGUGUUGCUGAGGACAACCACUUGCUAGCCUGGCACCAAUGCAGAUACACCUUCGCCAAUAGGAUUUCAGGCGCCAAGUUGUUGGAGCCUUGUGGUGCAUCCGGCAGCGCUUUUGAACCUAGGUUCCACGCUGUUCAUGCAUCCCGGCUGCUUCUGCACGCACUGUAUACCAUAGUUGAGUGACCGAGUCAAUCCUAGUAGAUCAGAUGAUGCGGUCUGCUGUAUAUAUCUCGCAUUGUAUGUAGCAGGCACAUAGACUUCCAUUAGAGUAUGUGUGCAGGCAAUAAGCUCGCUUGAGUGGUUAAGCCGAACCCUGUAAAUGCUUGCGAGACUGUUAGAUGAUCCAAGUUUUUGAAGGUUUGGUCAUUCUGCUGCCGAGAAACCAGGAAUGUGUGGAUGAUACAGGAGACCAGGAAAGCAUGAGUGACCUGUGAACUUAAAAAGAGAAUGACUUGUGAAUAAAGACAAUUUAUACCUGAUGCUGGAAAUUAGUACUCAUU